AUGAUGGACUUUAAUAGAACAUCAACAUCAGAUUCAAAUCUAUCAUCAGAUUCCUUACAAAGCGGAGGAAAAGCUUCAGUUCGGUCACGUCCCAGACCAGAAUACGGUUCUAAGACAAGUGUUUCACAUUUACCUAGUUUACCUAAUAGAGUAUCUCAGGAAGCUUCUGAUUCCAGCCAUAUAUACCCUAGCGAAGUUCCAUCAAAUCCAGGUUCGAGAGAUACCUAUGUGGAAUUUGAUUUAAGUUCCAAGAACAACAAUGAAGUUGAAGACAACUAUAAAAUCACAGAAAAGGUUAUAGGAGGAAAAGCCGAUGAAGUAAGUAGCGAAAUCAUUGAACGAGAAGACAAUAGGAGACUGCUAGAAGAUGUUGCUGGGAGCCCAAAUCCUGAAAAUGAAGACGACUUCUUCAAUAUGAAAACUUCCAAUUGGAAAUCAAUGAAAACGAUAACUGACGUUGAUUAUUACGAUGAGAAGGGAAAUCUUGAGUUUGAACCUGACAAGAGAUUUGAUUCGAUGGAAAAUCCGACUGGUUCUCGUGGAUACACCAAGAUUGAUUCCGAAGAACAAGUCGCAAAAUAUGCGGAAUUGGAUAAGAAAACCGAUUUCUUAUUUCAGGCUAGAAAAUCAUCAAAAUCACAUGAAAAGACGUAUGAAACGUUGACAGAUGACUUAGAUUCAGAGUAUGAAGAUGAUGAAAACCUUGACUCAAAGGAAGCUAUGCAAACAACUAAGAGCAUGCUUUCUGACUCUCAAAAGUUCGCAUACGUAGGAAUUGCUAAAUUAAUAAUGGUUGAAAUGGCAACUGAGCUAGCAAAUAUGAGACAAUAUAGUUCGAAUAAGGUUGCAAAACGCUUAAGCUUGAGCCAGAAGAAUUUUGCUAAUUGGACAAUGUAUAUACUGACUAAGAUUUAUGAUCAUUUGGAUUUGUCAAACGAAGAGCAAAUAAUGAUUGAAAAUCUUAGUCGUCAUGGAUUAGAAGUAUCGGACUUGGUGGACAGCUUGCUUGAAAAAGCAAGUUUACCGAUGAUCGAAGAAUAUUCUGAUUUACCCAAUUUUGAUCUACGCUGGGUAAUUAUUUGUGAUAUGUUUUUAUUACUCUUGAGCGAUGGUUACUAUGACAGUAGAUCGCGUUCUUUACUUAUGCAAUUCUCUGGAUACAUUGGAGUUUCCAAUUUAGAGAUAUAUCAAUUUGAACGAAGACUUCUAGAAAGCUUAGAACUUGAAACAAACCAGAAAUCGAUAGACAAUAAGGAUGACAAAUUUAACGAUAGACUGUUUAUUGAUAAGCGCAUAAAGCGAAAUAGGAAAAAAAGAUUGGCCUAUGUUGGGCUAGCUACUUUAGGUGGUGGUCUUGCGAUAGGUCUCUCGGCAGGCUUGCUAGCCCCAGUUAUUGGUGCUGGUGUUGCUGCCGGAUUAACUACCGUUGGGAUAGGAGGUACUAGUGGCUUUUUAGCCGGGAUAGGUGGAAGUGCAAUUAUUACGACUGGUGGUGUUGCGGUUGGUGCUAAGGUAGGUAGCAAGGCAGGUGCCCGCAGAUUGGGGGAUGUUCAUACGUUUGAGUUUAAGCCAUUAUACAAUAAUAGACGCGCAAACUUGAUAUUGACUGUCAGUGGUUGGAUGAUCGGUCAGGCGGAUGAUAUAAGAUUGCCGUUUUCGACGGUUGAUCCUGUUAUGGGUGAUAUGUUCUCUUUACUUUGGGAGCCUGAGAUGUUGAGAUCGAUGGGCCAGACAAUUGGGAUCUUAGCAAGUGAGGCUUUGACAAGUUCGAUCCAGCAGAUAUUAGGUGCAACAUUUCUAAGCACUUUAAUGUCUGCUAUUCAACUUCCUGUCGCACUAUCCAAGUUGUCGUAUCUCCUUGACAAUCCGUGGAAUGUAUCUCUCGAUAGAGCUUGGAAAGCUGGAAAAAUCAUGGCUGACGUCUUAAUUUCCGGAAAUAUGGGAGUGAGACCAAUAACCUUAGUUGGCUUUUCAUUGGGAGCUAGAGUGAUUUAUUCAUGUUUAAUCGAAUUAGCCAGACGCGGUGGUUAUGGCUUGAUAGAAAAUGUGGUUAUUCUAGGUACACCUAUUACGGUUAAGAAGGAUCAAUUGGCAUUGGCAAGAUCCGUCGUAAGUGGUAAGUUUACAAAUGGCUACUCAAAAAAAGAUUGGGUGUUAGGAUAUCUUUUUAGGGCUACUGGAGGAGGUUUACUGACUGUUGCCGGACUCUCUCCAAUAGAAAGCUGCAAUAUUGAUAAUAUAGAUUGCACCGAGUGGGUUGAAGGUCACAUGUCAUAUAGAAAGGCUAUCCCAAAAAUUUUGAAGGCAAUUAAUUGGGAGGUUCUAAGUGACGAAUUCGCUGAAAUCGAGGAGCCUGAUCCAGAGGAAAACGAAAAAACCAGAAAAUUGGUCAGCGAAUUUGAUGAAGCCAGGCUUAAAAUGAUGAAGGAAAUGGAAAACAAAUCCGAAGAAAAAAAGACAUGGAAGGAUUGGUUCAGACCGAAGCCAAGAGAAUGGUGGGAUACAGUUGGGGAAGGAGAAUUGAGUCAGAAAGAGGGUCAAAACAGAAAGAACACAGAGGAAUAUGAAGUUGAAGAAAGAUAUGACAGAAGAUCCGAAGACUUGGAAACAUCAGAUAAUCAUACCCAGCCUAUUUUUGACUUGCAAGCUUUGGCUGAAGAAGUAAAUCAGAUAGAAACUUUGGCAACUGAAGACAAAGAAACUUUGAACAAAAUCAAGAAUAAUGUUGACUCAGAAGAUAAGGGUGGCAUUAAACUCAAUGAAGAUAUGGAAGAUACAGAAGGUGAUGAAACUUUUGUUGGCAACUUCGGGAAAAAGAUCUUCAGUAAACCGAAGGCAUAG